CUUUAAUCGAAAGGUCGAAAAUGAAUAUAAAAAAAUGUACAAUUAUUAAAUGAAAAACACACCACCUUCUUUGCUUGUUGUCUAAUUCAAAUAUCGACCUAGAAGAUCCGGGAGAUUCUGAAUGAAAUCUGCAGGAUCUUCCUUUCCAAACUGUCCAGAUUUCCUACAGGAUUUCUAUCUGUAUGGCUCUCCAUUUAAAACUUUCCUACCUUCCCUCUUCCCUCUUCAUCUCUCUUUCUUGCUUCUUCUACCCCAAGAACUCAUUUUCUUGAACCAGUUAUGGGUAUGGCUACAGAGCCUCAGUUCCAUGUUCUUGCUGUUGAUGAUAGCCUCAUCGAUAGAAAAUUGAUUGAAAGGCUUCUUAAAACAUCUUCUUAUCAUGUUACUGCAGUUGAUUCAGGAAGUAAAGCUUUGGAGUUCUUGGGUUUAAAUGAAGAAGAACAGAUAGAUUCAAACCUUACCUCUGUUUCCCCUCCAGGUGAUCAUCAUCAAGAUGUUGAAGUAAAUUUGAUCAUUACAGAUUACUGUAUGCCAGGGAUGACAGGUUAUGAUCUCCUCAGAAAGAUUAAGGAAUCCAAAUCUUUAAAAGACAUACCAGUUGUGAUCAUGUCCUCAGAGAAUGUACCAUCAAGAAUUAAUAGAUGCUUGGAAGAAGGAGCUGAAGAGUUCUUUUUAAAGCCAGUUCAAUUAUCAGAUGUGAACAAGCUUAAACCCCAUUUAAUGAAGGGAAAAGCUAAAGAAGAUGAACCAAGUAACAAAAGGAAGGGCAUGGACGAAAUCCACUCACCAGAAAGAACAAGAACAAGAUAUGAAGGCUUGGAAGUUGUUUUUGAUUAACAAAUAUUUACUUCAUAAUACAACACCGUUUAGGAAAUUCCCAACACAAUUUUUUCCUUACCUUUUCUUUUUUCUUUUUUCUUUUUUCUUUUUUUAAUUUCCUUUCCUUUGGAAUUAUAACACAGUCCAAAUAGAAAUGUAGUCUCACUUAAUUGUUUUCACUGAUUUUAGAAUGAUCCUAUAAGGAUCAAUUGUAAAUUAUUGAAAGGUAAAAAAAAAAACUAUUCAUUCAAGUUUCUUUUUGCCUAAA